AUGAUCAAGACGGCCUCCGCCAAGGGGCAGACGACGCAGGUCACGAUGCCCGACUCCAACUUCGGCAUCCUGGGGUACGCACCCGGCGAGGACGACUGGAAGGGCGCCGUGGUGACCAGCGUCGCCCAGCCGUUCUACCAGGGGGACCCCGAGGGACGCGCGAGGAAGGCGGGCGUCCAGCCGGGCAUGGUCGUCAAGAGCAUCAACGGGAAGGACGUGACGAGCGCAGACUUCGAUGACAUCAUGCUGGCCGUCGGGCACUACACGUGGGAUGGCAAGAGCAGGGUGCUCACCCCCGGCUUCGACAAGGUCGACAGGAGCAUGCACCAGAGGCCUAAGGUGUACCCGGUCAAGCUGGAGUUCCAGAGCGUCAGUUGA